CAAGAAGCAGAGCGCAACACAGACGCAGAAGAAUGGCUAUGGGGCGGGAGAGGCGCAUCAAGCUUCUCAUGGCAGUUGUCCUGCUCCUCACCUUGGCGAAAGGGAGCAGCUGCAACAAGACAUGCACCGUGGCGGACCUGGAGAUACGGCAUAUCCGGGUCGACAGCUACAAGCAGGACGGCGGCCGCACGCACGAGCAAGAGCAGCAGCAGAUGAACUCCGGCGACGGCGGCGGCGGGCGCAAGCUGAAGCAGCUGCCGAUGGUCAUGGCGGUGUGGGUGUACAACCACUGCCCGUGCAUGGUGGACAACGGGGUGAUCUACGCGCCCGACGGCUUCUCCACCAUCUACGCCAACGGGACCGACGAGAGGAUCUUCUCCAAGGUGACGGAGCACCUCUACCUCAUCCACCACGCCGGCCCGCUCCUGCCGGCGGCGAGCUGCCCGCGUUUCCCCCCCUCGCCGCCCGAGAACACAUCUGCCGCCGCCACCGGCCCGGUCGAUGGGAAGGCGCAAACUGAAGAUUUUAGCUGCCCGUCGACCUCUUUCUUCUAUACCUGGUACGAUGAGAUCGAGCUCAAGCCUGCCUUCCUCGUGCCUCACUGCUAGAGUGCUAGCUAGCUGCAGGAAAUUCCAUCUCGAUCGAUCCACAUGGAUUUCCGUCCGUAUGAUAAAAUAAGGAGGUAAUAUCACAGGUGGUGCUUAAACUUGCCACCGAUGUUCACUUUAGUGCCUGAAGUUGAAAAAUACACCGAACUGGUUUCAAAACUUGGCACGAGCGUGCAAAUACAGUGCUAAUCCUAUUAAUAGACGUGUUUUUACGCUGAUGUGGCACCGUAGCUCGCUUAGCAUGCACAGACAACUUCGCCCUAGGAAAGAACCAGUAUGCCAUACGUUUUCUCGUUCAUGUUAAUGAAAACAGAUCCUUUUUCUUAGAAUAAUGAAAAC